AUGGAGCAGCUCGGGGCGGCGGCGUCGGGAGCUGGAGGCGGCGGCGGCAGCGGCGGCGGCGAGGAACCCGGCGUGGGCCGGAGCAACAAGCGAGGCGCGGGGAACCGGGCCGCCAACGAAGAGGAGACGAAAAACAAACCCAAACUGCGUGACCGAAUUACAAGUUUCAGAAAAUCUGCCAUCAAAAGAGAAAAACCUCUUAUUCAGCAUCCUAUUGAUUCUCAAGCCGCAAUGGGUGAGGUUCCAGUAGUUCAGACAUUAUAUGAUGACCGAUCUCUGAUUUUGUCUGAAAAGGAAGUUCUGGAUCUCUUUGAGAAAAUGAUGGAGGAUAUGAACCUUAAUGAAGAAAAGAAGGCUCCUUUGCGAGACAAGGAUUUUUCCACUAAGCGUGAGAUGGUUGUCCAGUAUAUUUCUGCUACUGCCAAAUCCAUAGUUGGAACUAAAGUUAUGGGUGGCCUGAAAAACAGCAAAUAUGAGUUCACCCUUUCUUCACAAGAAUAUGUUCAUGAAUUGCGAUCUGGCAUCUCAGAUGAAAAACUUCUUAAUUGCCUGGAAUCUCUGAGAGUGUCCUUAACCAGCAAUCCUGUCAGCUGGGUUAACAACUUUGGCUAUGAAGGACUUGGAGUCUUACUGGACGUGCUGGAGAAGCUUCUGGACAAAAAACAGCAAGAAAAUAUCGACAAGAAGAAUCAGUACAAAGUCAUUCAGUGCCUGAAAGCAUUUAUGAAUAAUAAGUUUGGACUACAAAGGAUUCUAGGCGAUGAGAGAAGCCUCUUAUUGUUGGCAAGAGCAAUUGACCCGAAACAACAGAAUAUGAUGACUGAAAUAGUAAAAAUUCUUUCUGCAAUUUGCAUUGUUGGAGAAGAGAACAUUCUAGACAAACUUUUGGGGGGUAUCACUGCUGCAGCUGAACGGAAUAGCAGAGAACGAUUUUCACCAAUUGUGGAAGGCUUAGAAAAUAAUGAAGCCUUGCAUCUCCAGGUGGCCUGCAUGCAGUUCAUAAAUGCGCUUGUCACUUCUCCAUAUGAUCUUGACUUUCGAAUUCAUUUGAGGAAUGAAUUUCUCCGUUGUGGGCUCAAACCAAUGCUCCCUAGUCUUAAAGAGAAAGAGAAUGAUGAACUUGAUAUUCAGUUGAGAGUAUUUGAAGAGAACAAAGAAGAUGACCUAACUGAAUUAUCCCACCGUCUCAAUGACAUUCGAGCUGAAAUGGAUGAUAUGAAUGAAGUCUACCAUCUUCUCUAUAAUAUGCUGAAAGACACUGCUGCUGAAGGUUACUUAUUAUCUAUUCUUCAACACUUUCUGCUCAUCAGAAAUGAUUACUAUAUCAGGCCACAGUAUUAUAAAAUAAUCGAGGAGUGUGUUUCACAGAUAGUGCUGCACUGCAGUGGCAUGGACCCAGACUUCAAGUAUAGGCAACGCAUAGACUUUGAUUUUUCACAUCUCAUAGAUGCUUGUGUAAACAAGGCCAAAGUUGAAGAAAGUGAGCAAAAAGCAAUGGAAUUUUCAAAGAAGUUCGAUGAAGAAUUCACAGCUCGUCAAGAAGCUCAAGCAGAGCUUCAGAAAAGAGAUGAAAAAAUCAAGGAAUUGGAAAUAGAAAUCCAGCAACUUCGAGCACAGGGAACUCCAUCUGCAAUUCCUGGCCCACCUCCACCACCUCCACUACCAGGUGCAGGACCAUGCCCACCACCACCUCCUCUACCACCACCACCACCUCCACUUCCAGGAGUAGUUCCUCCUCCACCCCCACCAUUACGUGGGAUGCCUGGUGUUCCACCCCCACCACCACCUUUGUUUGGAGUACCUCCUCCACCACCACCCCCUGGAGGAAUUCUUCCUCCCCUACCAGGACUAAUUGAGCUACCAUAUGGAAUGAAGCAGAAAAAAUUAUAUAAGCCUGAAGUAUCCAUGAAAAGAAUCAACUGGUCCAAGAUUGAGCCUAAAGAAUUAUCUGAAAACUGUGUUUGGCUAAAAAUUAAAGAAGAGAAGUAUGAAAAUCCAGAUCUAUUUGCAAAACUGGCCUUGACAUUUCCUUCCCAGAUGAAAGGUCAAAGGAAUGCAGAGGCUGCAGAAGAAAAUAGGAGUGGGCCUCCAAAGAAGAAAGUGAAGGAAUUGAGAAUUUUAGAUACCAAAACAGCCCAGAAUCUGUCUAUCUUCCUUGGAUCUUACCGCAUGUCAUACGAGGAAAUAAAGAACAUUAUUUUGGAGGUUAAUGAAGAGUUGCUCAGUGAGGCCCUUAUUCAGAAUCUUGUAAAAUAUCUUCCUGAGCAGAACGUACUCCGAGAACUAGCACAGCUUAAGAAUGAAUAUGAUGAUCUCUGUGAGCCUGAGCAGUUUGGUGUUGUGAUGAGCACAGUGAAAAUGUUACGGCCUCGUCUCAUGAGCAUCCUUUUCAAACUCACCUUUGAAGAACAUGUCAACAACAUCAAACCAAGCAUCAUAGCAGUAACUCUUGCAUGUGAAGAACUGAAGAAGAGUGAAAGCUUUAACAGACUCUUAGAGUUGAUUCUUCUAGUUGGAAACUACAUGAACUCAGGCUCAAGGAAUGCCCAGUCUCUGGGUUUUAAGAUCAACUUUCUGUGUAAGAUCAAAGACACAAAAUCGGCAGAUCAAAAAUCAACCCUUUUGCAUUUUCUUGCUGAAAUCUGUGAUGAACAAUACCAGGAUAUCUUGAAAUUUCCUGAAGAGCUGGAGCAUGUAGAAAGCGCAAGCAAAGUUUCAGCUCAAAUACUCAAGAGCAACCUUGUAGCGAUGGAACAAAGCAUUCUUCAUCUGGAGCGUAACAUCAAGAAUUUCCCCAAAGCAGAAUCUCAUCAUGAUAAGUUUGUGGAAAAGAUGACGAGCUUUGCACAGAAUGCCAGAGAGCAGUAUGAAAAACUGUCCACCAUGCACAGCAAUAUGUUGAAGCUUUAUGAAAAUCUGGGAGAAUACUUCAUUUUUGACCCGAACACAGUAAUCAUAGAAGACUUUUUUGGUGAUCUCAACACCUUCAGAACCCUAUUUUUGGAAGCACUGAAAGAAAACCACAAGAGAAAGGAAAUAGAAGAGAAGAGCAGGAGGGCAAAGCUUGCAAAAGAGAAAGCUGAACAAGAGAAGCUGGAACGGCAGAAGAAGAAGAAGCAGCUCAUUGAUAUAAACAAAGAGGGUGAUGAGACUGGAGUGAUGGAUAAUCUUCUGGAAGCCCUACAGUCAGGUGCAGCAUUCAGAGACCGCAGAAAGCGAAUUCCAAGGAAUCCAGAUAACAGACGGCCCCCUCUGGAAAGAUCACGCUCUCGCCAGGAUGGAGCCAUGUCAUCCAAGUGAUUCCUGAGGCCAGGAAGAAUGGAGACAUUUAAGAAAACAAAAUCAUCCAUUUUGAGAGGAGCAAAUAUACACUUAAGAGUUGGAGUGGAAAUAAAUGCAUUUCCACAAAGGUCAAGCUGAUCUGGGUGAAGCAAUGUGUAUUUGUAGGUGUACUGUAAGUACACUAAUUGAACCCAGAUGUCAUGAUUAGAAAACAUUUGUUCCUCUCUAAAGAUGCACAUAACUUGUCAUUGUGUAUAAGGAUCUGACUGUGAAGAUCAAAGUAUAAAAUCAUGGAAGAAUCCUAAGACUUCUACCAACAUUCCAGUCUGUCGAAUAAUUUAAAACUGAAAUUCUAGGUCAGACCUACCUAUCCCAUGCCCUCAAAAUAGAUAAAGGGCAGGGGAGAGAUAGACAGGAAGAAUUUCCAGUGUCUACUUCCAGCUCAUCCUAUGUAUGUAGUGAUUGGGAAGGGACAAAUAGUAUACUCUGAAAGAGAAGCCCAGCUGAAGGUAUUUAGAACCCAUCUCAAGUGAAAGCUAGUGGAUUCAUCUAUGUGGCAGAAAAAUAAUAAUUUUACCAUUACUCUAACGUUUCAGCAGUGUCACAGGCACUUACCAUUGCUAAAACUAAACCAAAGUUUAACAAAAUCCACUAGAUUUCAACCUUAUUUUCAAAUUCUCUAUAGAUAUCUGCACUAUAGAAAUUCUUUAUAUAGCUAUUUUUGAGAAAACUUCUACACUUUCAUGUAUUCUAGGAAUGAGCCUGAAAGUCUAUUGCCUUUAUUUAGAUUUUAGAGAAAAAUAUAGAUUCCUAGUUCUUCCCUCUAUUACUUCUUUCUCCCUUCACCCCCUUAGAGGUAGGGAACAGAACUACAGAAAAGUACAGAGGGAGGAAAGUGACUUUUUAAUGCAAGAGGCAGUAGGAAACUUUUGAAAGGUCAAUCGGUUGGUUUCUAGUUCUAACCCCUUUCCCACUCCACUUUGGUAGUUAAAGAAAAAGCAAUUCUCUCCCCCCAUUCCCUCUCUACUUCCCUCUUCCAGCCCUCCCUCCUUCACUUCCUUCUUCUACCUCCCUCCCUUUCUUCCUUUCUCUCCCUCCCCACCCCUCCAUUCC